AUGUUAUCAAGAGUUAGCUAUCAGCAAUCAUUGUUGAGAAAGUUGGUUAACUCAACAGCAGCAUCUACAUUAAGUGUCAGAAACUACAGUGGUUCAGCUACUUCGUCAGCUGAAGAAUCAACAUCAAAGACUGCACAACCAACACAAUCUACUGGUUUCGGAAAGAAAAAGAGAAUCAAUUAUAAAGGAUUGCCAGUGGUACCACCCAUCAGCGCAAAGCAAUUUCAGUCGAGCGCAGUAGAUAUCAGCGAUGCCCAAAAGAUAGAGAAUCUAAAUACACACAUCACAGAGCAAGCCGAAGAGAACAACUUUAGAUACACUCCAAACUUUUCGAAACUAGGUAUUCUCACCAACGUCAAUGAGCUACCCGAAGAUUGGAAUAAUAUUAAAUAUAACGCAAAGUCAAGAAAAGAGAAGCAAGCAUUGAAUGAUACAUCAAAGUUAUUCGAUAUUAAAGACAGUGAAGAAGCCAAUAUUCAAUUUAACAGAUUCGGAAAAACACAGACUCCAUUCCCACGUUUACCAAAUAACAAUCCAAAAUUAAUUUUCGUUCCACCAAUUAAUGGAGGUAGUUACGCAAGAGCAUUUUUAAAUAACAGAAAGACUUUGAAUGCAAUCGAUAUUUCAACCAUUGAUUUACUUGAAGAGUUUGUAAAAGAUAAAAUUAAAGAUGAUACAAUCACAUCAUUUUCAAUUCAUACAUCAACACCAGGUGUAAUUCAUAGUGCAGGUACAGACUUUGUUACAUUGUUUGAAAAGAGAAAUACAGAGCUACCAGAGCAAUACUUUAGAAAGUUGUACAAGUUCUUUUAUUUGUUGGCAGCAUCACCGAAACCACAUGUUUCAAUUUUAGAUGGUUUGGCAGUUGGUUCUGGUGCCGCCUUUACAGCAAACAGUGCAGUUCGUGUUGCCACUGAGAAUUCAAUCUUCUCGGUGCCAGACUGCGCCAUCGGAUUCUUCCCGGAUGCCGGUAUGGCCCGUUUCCUCGGCAAGCUGCCAGGCAGUCUCGGACGUUACCUCGCCAUGACUGGCGGUCGUUUGCGUGGAUCGGACAUCAUGGAGAGCGGAAUCGGUAAUUUCUACAUCCGUACCAACCAGAUCCAGUACAUCGAAGAGUGGCUCGGUCGUGUGCCAAUCAACCGUUCCGACCGUCUCUUUGCCAACUUGGAUAUCCACACCGAGAACUGGGACAACAAGCAAUCGAUCCAGAAAACACACUACGAACAAUACAAAGAGGCGAUCGACCGUUGUUUCUCAAAGGCCAGCGUCGAGGAGAUUAUGGAUGCAUUGCGCGCCGAAACUCAACAUCCGGCAUGGGCCAAGCGUUGUCUCGACAACAUGAACCGUAUGUCGCCACUCAGCUUGAAGUUGACUCUAGUAUUCAUGGACUACGCUUUGCAACCGAAUCCAUUGUUAGACCAGCCACUCUCGCUCAAGGAGCACUUUGAGAUGGAGUACCGUAUUACCAGCUCGCUCCUCGAGGAGGGUUCCGACUUCUGGGAGGGCAUUCGUGCGAAUCUCGUGUAUAAACGUGCUCCACAAUGGAAGUACAAGACACUCGCCGAUGUCACCGACGAGGUUAUCGAACACCACUUGAACUUCCAACCAAAGAAUCCGCUGUAUCUACGUGAAUUGCCAACCAACCACGAGGAAUUCGAAGACAUGUUGAAUGAGUAUUACGCCGAGAACUACCAAGCCAUCUCUGAACAAGAUCAAAAAUUGUUUACCACCUACGAGGGUGAUCCCAUCUCAAAGAAAUACGAAGAGUUUAUCGAAGAAUAUUACAAGGGCGCUGACCAAGAUGAGUACUUUGAAAGAAAUCUCGCUGAAACAUUGUCUUCAAUGGCUCCAGAAGAUACUUAUUAA